CUGGGGUCGCUCAUAGACAGAAAGGGGAGGACGAGCAUCUCUAAUCUACAGGCAGGAUCAUCACUGCAUUACUGCCCGAUCCGAUACUAAAAGCAAUGGAUGUGCAAUCGUCAUGUCGUGCCACCGUCAGAUAACGUGCUAUGGUCGUUGUUAGAGAUGAAUGUAUGUUGAGAAGGUGUUUCGCUGGGCCAGAGGUAACGUUACGGCUAAAGCCGAGUAGCAAGUGGCGCUAGCUAGCUCCUGGAGGAGGACCCAUUCUUGCACACCACAGACCGCAAUGUUUGGACGCUGCAUGCCUCGAUCAUCCAACUCAUAGAUCCACUCAGUUUAACUGGACGACUGCCCACUUGAAAGCUGGUUGUUGCCACGCUUGCCAUGACUUAAAGACACGCCUGAAACAGAUAUGGAGAAAAAGAAAUGUCCCCGCCUCUUGGACUAUCUGGUAGUAGUUGGAGCCAGGCAGCCCAGCAGUGACAGUGUGGCACAAACACCUCAGCUGCUUAGGCGCUACCCGCUAGAGGACCACAACGAGUUAGCUCUGCCGCCUGAUGUUGUCUUCUUCUGCCAGCCUGAGGGCUGCCUGAGCGUCCGCCAGCGCCGGGUCAGCCUUCGCGAUGACACUUCAUUCGUUUUCACCCUCACUGACAAAGACUCGGGCAUCACGCGCUAUGGAAUCUGUCUCAACUUUUAUCGCUCUUUCCAGAAGGGACAUCAUCGCCCACGGGCCGAGGGAAAAGGAGACAAACCCCCUCAUACGGACCCUGCAGUUGAAGCUACUGAAAAAUCUGACCCCACCACAUUGACUCUCCCCGGGGAAUCAACAGGAGAUGGGACUUUGCCCGCUGGCGAGAUUGGAAGCGGCGGAAAGUCUCCUCGGUCCAAACGUAGUGCCGGAGUGGCACCGCAGAACCGGAACAGCAGUUUAACAUCUCUGUGUAUUUUGAGCCACUACCCUUUCUUCUCUACAUUCAGGGAAUGUCUGUACAUCCUAAAGCGCAUGGUGGACUGCUGUAGCCAGCGACUCAAUCAGAGACUUGGAGCUGGCAAAGCCACACAACGGGACACGAUGUGGCGUGUCUUUACAGGCGCUCUGUCUGUAGAAGAAAAGGAGAAAGGCAGUCUGGUUCUACAGGACCUGAGGGAGAUCGAGUCAUGGGUGUAUCGGCUGCUGCGCUCCCCAGUUCCUGUUGCUGGUCUGCGGCGUGUUGAUGUGGAAGUGCUUCCCCACGAACUGCAGCCUGCACUGUCCUUUGCCCUUCCUGACCCCUCCCGAUUCAGCAUUGUAGACUUCCCUCUCCACCUGCCCCUGGAGCUGCUUGGAGUUGAUGCUUGUCUGCAAGUCUUAGCCUGCAUUCUCCUGGAACACAAGGUGGUACUGCAGUCCAGGGAUUACAACGCUCUUUCUAUGAGUGUUAUGGCAUUUGUGUCUAUGAUUUAUCCCCUUGAGUACAUGUUUCCUGUCAUUCCACUGUUGCCAACCUGCAUGGCCUCCGCAGAACAGCUUUUGCUAGCACCCACUCCUUAUGUCAUUGGCGUGCCUGCCAGUUUCUUUCUCUACAAGUCUGACUUUAAGAUGCCCGAUGACGUUUGGUUAGUGGAUCUGGACUGCAACAGGGUCAUCGCUCCUACGAAUGCAGAAAUUCUCCCUCCUCUGCCUGAACCUGAGAGCUCUGAGCUGAAAAAACACUUGAAACAGUGUCUGGUAAGGUUGACUGUGAUCACCCAAAAGCAGAUCUUCGCCUCCGAUAACAAGGCUCUGGCUAGCAUGAGUUUGAACACUCAGCCCAUUCUGAACCUGGAAAAGUUUCAGGAGGGGCAGGAGCUGUCCCUGUUACCCCCAAGCCGAGACAAAGCCUCACCUUCCUCCACUGAGUUUAACCCACUCAUCUACGGCAAUGACGUCGACUCUGUGGACGUCGCCACAAGAGUGGCAAUGGUGAGGUUCUUCAACUCUCCAAAUGUGCUGCAAGGGUUCCAGAUGCACACCCGUACGCUGCGUCUCUUCCCCCGGCCCGUGGUGGCGUUCCAGGCCACGUCUUUUCUAGCCUCACGUCCACGGAGAAAUGGGUUCAUUGAGAAGCUCUCUCACACUCAGGCAGUGGAAUACUAUGGAGAGUGGGCUCUCAACCCCACCAACCUGGCUUUCCAAAGGAUUCAUAACAAUGUGUACGACCCAUCUUUAAUAGGCGAUAAGCCUAAGUGGUAUGCCCACCAGUUACAGCCGGUGUUUUAUCGUGUGUAUGAUGGAAACUCGCAUCUAGCGGAGGCAUUGAGUGGACCUCUGCAGGAUGAGACGAAUGAUUCAGAUCCUACAGAUGACAGUGGUAGUGACAGUGAAGGAUAUGAUGACUCCAGUUCUUCCUACUCGUCUCUCGGAGACUUUGUGAAUGAAAUGAUCAAAGGAGACAUUCAGGGGGACACACCAAAUGUUGACCCCCUGACUCAUGCUGCACUAGGAGAUGCUAAUGAGGUGGAGAUCCACGACUUCCAGGAGUUUAAAGGAGAGAGUGGAGCACAGGAGCCAGAUCCAGAAGUCCCUACAGAGGCCUUAGAUGGCCAGCCGCUCCGAUCGAGUUCCAGCACAACAGCCAGUUCCAACCCCAGUACAGUCAUACAGGGGGUCAACCAUGUCAGUAGAGAACAGAAAGAACCUGUUGAGAUUGAGGCGUCGGCUAACGUUGCUCUCCAGAACUCUGCUCCGGGAUUGGGUGUACCUUUUACAAGACCCGUCCCUGAGCCACUGCCUGUAGAUCCAGCCAAUAAGAAGCGAGAGUAUGAUAACCCUUAUUUCGAGCCACAGUAUGGCUUUCCUACAGAGGAUGAUGCAGACGCAGAUGAGCGGGAGGAAAGUUACACACCGCGAUUCAACCAGAAUCUCAACGGCAACAAACCUUCUCGGCCGUUGAGACCCAGCAGUCUGAAGCUUCCGGGUGAAUCAGAUGGAGAGGGAGAUUCCAGAAAUAGCUCGCCUAACUCCACCAUUUCCAACAACAGCAGUGAUGGCUUCGGGGGACUCAUGUCCUUCGCCAGUAACUUGUAUAAGAACCACGGCACCAGCUUCAGUCUGUCCAGUCUGGCUUUGCCUAAUAAAGUGAGAGAGAAGAACACACCCUUCCCCAGCCUCAAAGGUGCACGAGCUCCCAGAGCGCUGGUAGAUCAGAAAUCCUCCGUUAUAAAGCACAGUCCUACUGUCAAGAGAGAGUCUCCAUCUCCUCAGGGCAGAGCCAACAACACCAGUGAAAAUCAGCAGUUUUUGAAAGAGGUUGUCCAGAGCGUGCUCGAUGGGCAAGGUGUGGGCUGGUUGAACAUGAAGAAGGUUCGCCGCCUUCUAGAGAACGAACAGCUGCGCGUUUUUGUGCUCAGCAAACUCAACCGCGCUAUCCAAUCGGAGGAAGAUGCUCAGCAGGAAGUUAUAAGAGAUGUUGAGAUCAACAGAAAGGUUUACAAAGGCAUGUUGGACCUUUUGAAGUGCACAGUGUCAAGUCUGGAGAAUUCGUACACUAAUGCUGGGCUGGGAGGCAUGGCUAGUGUGUUCAGCCUGCUGGAAAUAGCAUGGACCCAUUACCAAACCAAAGAUCCAGAGAAGCGGAAACGGAGCCCCACAGAAGGGGUGAGCAGCCCAGGCAGUAAGGAGAGCCCAUCGGGCCGAAUAGACAGCGCCAGGGCGGCAGGCGUGCUACUGGUUCCCCGUAUCCAGUUGCCACCCCCCUCCUCUGAGAAAACGUCAAUGCUGUUUGAUACACGGAGUCUGAACGAGGAGAAUUUUAUUGCCUCCAUUGAAUUGUGGAGCAAGCACCAGGAUAACAGAAAGCAAAAAGCUUUGGAAAAAGAACAGAGGGCUGAUGGAUCAAAACAGCGUGUGGAAGGGGGUGACACAGAGGAGAAGAAAUCUCAGAUCAGUGCUGACAGUGGCCUCAGUGUGACCUCUGGCUCACAGAAAAGUGACAAUGACUCCCUGGCGAGCUCAGAGCCUCCUGCUCUUCAUAGAAGCACCAGCCAGGAUUCCGAGGCCAGCACAGUGGUGAGUAACAGCUCAGGUGAGACGCUGGGUGCGGACAGUGACCUGAGCAGCACUGCUGGAGACGGCCUGACAGGAAGACACACUGCCCAUCUCAACCUGUCCCGGGGCACACUGUCUGACAGUGAGAUUGAGACCAACCCGGCAACCAGCUCUGUGUUCGGCAAGACCCAUCAGCUGAAGCCAGGAGUGAAGGAGCCUGUGGGUAUUAAUAAGGGAACACCAGUUCCACCCCUUGAAGACGUCAGCAUGAGAAUCUAUUUGUGUGAGGGGCUGCUGGGGCGAGAUAAGAGCUCGGUUUGGGACCAACUGGAGGAUGCUGCCAUGGAAACCUUUUCUCUGAGUAAGGAGCGCUCUACACUCUGGGACCAAAUGCAGUUUUGGGAAGAUGCCUACCUGGAUGCUGUAAUGUUAGAAAGGGAGGGGAUGGGGAUGGAUCAGGGACCACAUGAAAUGAUUGACAGGUAUCUGUCUCUGGGAGAUCAUGACCGCAAGAGACUUGAGGAUGAUGAGGACAGAUUACUGGCCACUCUUCUGCACAACAUGAUUGCAUUCAUGCUUAUGAUGAAGGUCAGUAAGAAUGACAUCAGGAAGAAAGUUCGCCGUCUGAUGGGGAAAUCUCACAUUGGACUCACACACAGCCAGGAGAUCAAUGAACUCCUAGACCGUCUUGCACAUUUGACUGGUCGAGAACUUUCCAUCAGGCCGAGUGGCAGCCGCCACAUAAAGAAGCAGACGUUUGUUGUGCAUGCUGGGACGGAUACCACUGGCGACAUAUUUUUCAUGGAGGUGUGUGAUGACUGCAUUGUCCUACGCAGUAACAUUGGCACGGUCUAUGAGCGCUGGUGGUAUGAGAAGCUCAUUAAUAUGACCUACUGCCCUAAGACCAAAGUAUUGUGUCUGUGGAGGAGGAACGGCCAAGAGACACAGCUUAACAAGUUUUACACCAAGAAGUGUCGAGAACUCUACUAUUGUGUUAAAGACAGCAUGGAGCGUGCUGCCGCACGACAACAAAGCAUCAAACCAGGUCCAGAGCUGGGAGGAGAGUUUCCAGUUCAGGAUAUGAAGACAGGGGAGGGUGGUCUCCUUCAGGUCACAUUGGAGGGAAUCAACCUCAAAUUUAUGCACAGCCAGGUUUUCAUAGAGCUGAGUCACAUUAAAAAGUGCAAUACAGUGAAAGGAGUCUUUGUCCUGGAGGAGUUUGUUCCUGAAACUAAAGAAGUGGUGAUCCACAAAUACAAGACUCCUAUGGCACAUCAGAUCUGUUACUCGGUGCUCUGUCUCUUCUCCUACAUGGCGGCAGUCAAGGGGAAGGAGGCAGAGGGCAAACCCAAGAUGCUGUCUCCUCGUCCACUACCAAGCUAGUAGAGCACACGUCUCCUACAUUCACUUCAACCUGCUCCUAAAAUGCCUGCAAUACAUCAUGACUACCUGACUACUGUACCAAGCUCCUUUUGAAGACCCUUGCUCCAAUAUUGAUUCCCUCUUAGAUUUGAUCACAUGCCUGAUAUAACGCUCCAUCUCUAGUAUUGUGGGUUCUCAUUUUCAUGAUAUGGACAUCAGCCAGGACAAGAUUUGACUAUUAUAGGUUGAUGUUGAAGUAUCUACAUGCUUUUUUAAAUUAUUUAUUCGACCAGAGCCAUUGCAUGCAGUUCCCUUGCGCAGCUCUCGUGAGUUGGCAGUGGCAUGCAGAGAAUCAGGUAAAUGUGUUGAGCCCCACCCUGCUCACUGGCCCCCUCUCCUCUGAAACCAGUUCACAGACUGUGUAAGUAAUAUAAAUGUGCUAAAUUGUAUCGUGAGCUCCAGUCUGUUAUGUCUGUGGUGGGUGAAAUGUUCUAAGUCUUUGCAUAUGCUGCCACAUAUGAGGGGUUUUGCCUUAACCGCCCGCAACGGGGCAGCUGUUUCAUUCGUAAAUGUUCCAUUUGCCCUUCUUCACCUGCUGUCAGUGGUCUACGGUCUGUAUAUCUCUUAAGCUCUGCCACGUGAAACUCAAACUACUGUACUCGCUGUAAAGAUCCCUGUCUGUGAACUGCUGUGUUGAAAUGCAUGUCACUUUAAGAAACAAAAAAUGAAUAUUUAAAAAAGAGAUAAAAUAAUGUACAUCUUACUGAAGCAAUGUUGAAAUAAUGUCAAAAAUGUUAAGACGCUGUACUUUGUUUUCUAGAUGUUAAAUACUAUCAAUAGUGGGUACUUAGAACAAGUCCAGUCAUUCCUUCAGAGUUCCACUGUCCUCCGGAGCUCAUGAUAUGGAAAUCAGAGAGUAACACAGUGGAUUAGAAAUCAGUUCUGUUUCCGGUCGUUCUUGUUUAGGAAAAACAAUGAAAUUGGCAUUAUUGAUCUAGAAAACGCUGCAUUUGGAGAUUGUUCGGUUACAAUGGGAAAGCCCAAGUCGUGUGUCCUGCUACUGAAACGCUGAUGAAGCAAGACGUUGUCUAUUCCAAAACGUUCUAUUUAAAGUGUCUCUUCCUGCUUGUGUGUGUGUGCUUGUGUAAGAAAGACGACGAGAGAGUGUGUCUCGAAAUACAGAUGAUUUAGACCAUCUCUUGACGACAACUAGCUGGAGGGAUAUAUAUUUUAAUGUUCUUUUAUGGUUUACUCACAUUUUUAAUAGAUGUACCGUACAUGUAUGAAUGUGCACACUACAAAUGUGGUGUUCCAUUUAAUUCAGUUGUGAGCAGACUGCAAAUGGACUGGAUAAGCCAGUUGACUAUGGGUAUAGAGUUGUAAAUAGCACAAAACUCAUGUUCAGGGUCUGGGUCCUCUAAAAACAGAUGUUGUGAAAAUAGUGGAUCAGGUGUGUAGCUAAAAGUGUGAGAGAGAUAGAGUUGCACACUCAUUUUAGUCUGUGUAUUGUCUGGAACAAGAAGAAAUCAAGAUAUUGGAUGUAAAUAUAAAACAAAAAUAUUUAUAGAACCUGUACAGCUUUGGCAAUAUGAAAAUAAAAGAUGUCCAACCCAAA